AUGGAGAACCUCACCGAUGAAGCCACCCUUGACAACCACCCUCAGAUUGCCCUCAUCAACACCUUCUGUGAAAUUACCGCCUGCGCCUCCAAAACCGAAGCCCUCUUCUUCCUGGAGUCCCACAACUUCGAUCUCGACGCCGCCGUCUCCACUUUCCUCGACGAUGCCGGCCCCGCCGCUGUCGAUCUGCCUUCUCCAAUGGCCCACUCUCAGUCCCAGUCUCACUACUCGCCUUCUGAGUCGCCGCCCCCUUCUCGAUCCCGUUCCCCGUCGCCGCCGCCUGCCUCCCGCUCUUACAGUCUCCGGUCCGCCGCUAAACCUAGAGCGGAAGCCUCUGGCUCUGUUGGACAAAAACGUGGCGGCGGAGGUGGCGGUGGAGGUGGGAUUAGGACUCUAGCGGAUCUGAGCAGGAACCCUAAACACGAGGAGGAUUCUGAUAGCGAUCCUGAUUUUGAUCCUCAGGAGUAUUAUACCGGCGGUGAGAAGAGUGGGAUGCUUGUUCAGGAUCCGUCAAAAGCAACCGACAUUGACGAACUAUUCAAUCAGGCAAGACAGGCAGGGGCUCUAGAAGCAUCUGUUGAACAUGGUAUGCCUUCUUCAAGCUCAAGUAGAUUUACAGGGACAGGAAGGCUACUUUCUGGAGAGGUGUCAGCUACCCCUGACCCGCCUCAAUCCGUGACUCACACUAUUACUUUUUGGAGAAACGGCUUCACGGUUGAUGAUGGGCCUCUUAGGAGGAUUGAUGAUCCAGAAAACGCAUCUUUCAUAGAGAGUAUCAGGAACUCCGAGUGGCCAAAAGAACUUGCACCUGCAGAUAAGAGGACUUCCGUUCACGUUAACCUUAUAAGGAAGGAUGAAGACUACAAGCAACCCAAAAAACCCAAACUUCCCUUCCAAGGAGUCAGAAGAACUUUGGGCAGUUCUAGCGACACAACACCACCACCUACAGAAUCCGUAAGUGUCGUCACAACUGUCUUGACUGCGGCCCCCACCCCAACACUGGGUCUCACGGUUGACCAGAACAAACCUUGUACCUCGAUUCAGCUAAGGUUGGCAGAUGGCACGCGUUUGGUCUCGCGCUUCAACCGCCAGCACACAAUUAGAGAUAUCCGGGGCUUCAUAGACGCAUCAAGGCCCGGUGGGUCAACGGGCUACCAGCUGCAGACAAUGGGUUUCCCUCCCAAGCAGCUGGUCGACUUGGAUCAGACGAUUGAGGAAGCUGGGAUAGCUAAUUCGGUCGUGAUCCAGAAGUUAUAG